UUGGAUUUUUUAUUAUUGCAUUGAUAAAUAUUGUAUCUUAUAAUACUGUAUGAAAUGAAGAAAUGAUUAACACAUGAUAUACAAUAUUGUGUCAAAACAGUAUUCAUGAAUAUCCAAGAUUAUUAGCUAUGAUUGUCAUAUUAAAUGAUAAAGGUGAUCUCAUAAGGGUGAUGCCUCAUAAAGGUGAUGCCUCGUGUCGGUGAGCUUUGUAAUCUGUGAUUAAAUAUGUUUAAUCUUGAAAAUGGACCAGAUGUACCCUUUGUUAUUCUCAAUGCGAUUGGAUUUUUAAAAUAUUUUUGAAGACAUUAAUCAUUAGUGUGGUAUGCUGAAAACAAAACAGCAUCUGACGAAUGAAAACCCUUUUCUAGACUUUUUCCAUUGAACAACAAGAGUUCUGUUUUUCACGAGAGAUGAUUUACACUUUUAAUACUUCAGAACAUCUAGGUUAUUCUAAACAUACUGUUAUGUGUCAUACUUGGUUAACUUAAUUAUGGUUAUAUUAAUUAUCGCUUUUCUCAUGCAUACAUAUAUAUAAAGCCUCGAUUUGUGUAGAUCACAUAUCAUACGAUCACGGAGCAGAAGAAGGAACAUGGCACAGAACUCCACGGAUCAGCGCCUAUUCGUUCUUCAGCAGAACAUGUUGCCUUUUUUGCUAGGGACGGUCAUCAUUCUAUUUAAUCUGCUGGCUUUACGUAUUCUGGCGCAAAGCAUAAAAAUGAACUUUCAGAUCAAAGUGAUGACGAUGAACCUGGCGUUGACGGACCUGCUGACUGGGGUAGCGAUCCUCCUGGACUCCUUCCUGAGCCCGGUGCUCCCCGAGUACCUGUGUCGGCCCCUGAUGUACCUGUACUGUAUCGGGGUCGUCGUUUCCUUCACGACCAUCACGGGCCUGCUGGUGGAUCGCUUCGUCGCCAUCUUCUACCCCUUUCGUUACCAGACUAUCGUUUUACAGGAGAAAAAGUUUUCUUUCGCCGCCGUUCUACUCCUGUGGGUAGCGGGGGUGUUUCUGUCGGCCGUCAACUUUAUUGAUGGAUUCAAAAUCUACGGCUCGGCGCGGACGGCGGUGUGUGCGUCCUACAUCAUGACGGGUAGGGCGGGGCUAGCCGCUGUGACCAUGGUCUUCUGUUUCCUGCUUGUUUCGAAUGUGUUCCUCUACAUGCUGAUGUUUAUGAAAAUCUCCAAACUCUCUAAAGCUGUUCACCCCAGUGAUAACCUGAGGAGCUGCUACCUUUACAGAACCCAGACCCGGAUCCUGUUCAAGCUAUCAGCCAUCACCGUCAGCUUCAUGCUUCUCUAUAUCCCAUUAAUUGUUUUGAAUACGAUCGUUGUCUUUAACAAUAAUCUGGCCAGGACGCUACUCACUUGGCAAAGCCUCGCUGGGUGUUUGAUUCUCCUGAAUUCUUUCCUCAAUCCUUUCCUCUUCGUGUUACGGUUCACUGAAUGCAGAUACACCUUCCUCUCCAUCGUCUGCUUCGCCUGUAAAUCUCAGAGAGAAAAAUAUCAGAAUCUGAAGAAACGUUUUGUUGUCUCUUUUCUGGAGGACCCCGUAAUGAGUAAUAACACAGACGUACAGGUGCUCUAUGACACCAGACCUUUAUGAUAGAAUGAGCAUCAUUACUGUUCCAUUGUUAUGUUAAAGAAUAUGUCUGAAAUAAAGUUACCAUGUUGCUUACAAUUUU